AUGGAUUCAGGUAUUAUAGGAGAUGCACCAUUAGGUAAUGAUGAUAUGAAUGAAUUUGAUGAUAAUAUUGAGGGACCGAUAGAUGGAAUGAUUGUACGAACUGCUGAAAAAAAUGAAUUGGUUGUAGAUGAUUUAAGUGAUGAAGACGUUGAUGGUGAAAGCAACGAUAAUGCCACUGAUGAAAGUGAUGAUGAUGAUGAAAGUGAUGAAGAAGAAGAAGGAUAUGAAAAUUUAAACGAGUCAGUAGGAAAAGAUGGUAAAAAGAAAAGAAAUUCUGAAAAAAGGAAAAAGAGGUCUCUAAAGCAAAAGAAAAGAAAAAUUCGUUUAGAGGAUGGAAGUGAGAAUAUUUUCCAAUUGCCUGAAUUUUCAAGAAAAGAUAAAACAUUAAAGGAAAUACUAGAUUUAAUGGAAGAUAAUCCACCAAUUAUACCGGAUGCCGUUAUAGAUUAUUUCUUACUGAAGAAUGGUAUGGAUUUGAAAGAUGUCAAAGUUAAAAGAUUAUUAGCACUAGCCACUCAAAAAUUUGUUAGUGAUAUAGCUACCGAUGCCUACGAAUACUCUAGGAUAAGGUCUGGUUUGGCUGUAUCUAAUGCGAAUAAUGGUCAAACAAAAGCAAGACAAUUAUUAUUGGGGCAACAGCAACAGCAACAAAAUUUACCGUCAGCUGGCAACAACACGACAUCUACCGCAACAACUAACACACCUUCAACUAGCUCUGUUCCAUCACAACUACAAAAUGAUAAAAGUAAAGUUGUUUUGACAGUUAAUGAUUUAAGUAGUGCAGUUUCAGAAUAUGGGUUAAAUAUUUCUAGACCCGAUUUUUAUCGUUAA